GUGAAUUAAGAUAUCUUUAUGAAGCUUUUCCAUGGUCCAAAAGACUUAUUACCCGCAUAUUCAGUUUUGUUAUGAUAUUCGUAUUACGACCUGCAUUGAUUAUUGCUGAAGCCUUUGCCGUUUCUCUAUAUCUUAUCUAUGCAAUCCGAGGAAAAAAUGAAGAAACUCAUCCAUUGGAAUAUUUAAAUCCAAUCAAACUUUUGGCACUUUCCAUUAUUGUAAUAGUUGGUUUAAUACAACUGAAAAAUGUCAAUUUUAAAAAUCAUUGGACAAAUAUAUUUAAUGAUACAAUAAGUGAACAAAGAACUUCAGUAGAGCAAGUUGGAAGUUAUGGAGGUGCUAUAUUAGAGGUUCUUUUCACGUAUGAAGUAGUAAGUCCUACUGAUGCCGUUUUAAGAGGUGAUACUAGUCAAAUUAUUGCAAUAUAUUUUGGCGAGGCUUUGAUUGGCAAAGCUGGAAAAAAAUAUUUCUCGUUACUUGUUUCAAUCUCCUCCUGCGCAACUAUCUCCGCAAUGAUUCACAGCGGUUCUCGAAUUAUAGUUUAUGCCACAAGAAACGACUUAAUUACUCUCUUUAACCGCCAAAUAUCUUCUCAUGACAAAAGAUUUAACACACCAAUAAAUGCGUUAGUUUUCCAAUUGAUUUAUUGUACGGUUUUAACUAUUUUCAUUCCGGAAAUUACGAAUAUCGUGUAUGUACCUCUAUACCUAACCAUAUUAUAUUAUGGCGUUACUGCAAUUGGCUUAAUG